UGUCUGCUUCUUUCUUUCUUCCAUUAGCGUCUCCUCAAUUUUACCCUUUUUUUCUUGAAGAUUGAUCGGCAAGCAAUUCACCUGCUUCCUAUUGUUGUACCCCACCGUCUGUUUCCUUUCCACCAAGUAAAAAACCCCUCCGUAGCGGCAACAAAGUAAACUUUUCGUGAUCCGACGUAAUAUUCUUCUUGUAGCCUAUUGUAUUGACGUUAUUCGAUUGUUUGCCACCCAAAUUUCCGCUUUUACUCAUCUGGGUCAUUCUUAUAUUGUUUCUAUUAGCUCUAACUUGCUUGUCCCGAUGUUUUUUUCUCUAUAUAUGAGCAUUCUUGUUAUUAAUCAUCCAAUGUGUAAUCUCUCUCGGUACUGAUUAUCAGAUAUGGUUACUCUAGGCUCUAGCAUCAUUGUUUUGACGAUGAGCCUCUCGAAUGCUUGAUGGGUGCUUCUUUUUCUUUUUGUUUUGCUUAAGAAGAGGGUUUUCUAAUCGGAGGCUUAUAUCCAUAAUAUGGGUGAAACUGCAGCUUUUCUUGCCCGUGAUCUUUCUAAAGACUCAUCAAAUGGGUUUGUCUCAAAAUCCAAAGAAUUGCAGACAUCUGUAAAUCUUGAAGAUAAAACAUACGUGAUUGGUGGAGAUGGGGACACCUUAACAUCUUCAAUCAAUGUCAAAAUUUACAAUAAUUCUACUGGUGAAUGGGUCUUUCCAAUGGUGUUGGGAACGAAGCCAACGGGUAGUAAGAGUCAUUGUUCCGUGCUUCUAGGUGGAAAUCGAAUAUUGAUUGUUAAGGGAGAUUGUAGUGUCAAUGAUUGUGCAUGGUUUCUUGAGGUGGACACUAAGUUUGUUGGACAACAAAGAGAGAAUCAUGGUUCGGAAGUGGUUGCUUGGAGUAAAGGAGUAAUAGGAAAUUUUGAGAAGCCUAUUGUGAUAAGUGGUCCAUCUGGUGUGGGGAAGGGAACAUUAAUAUCCAAACUUAUGAACGAUUUCCCAUCCAUGUUCGGGUUCUCUGUCAGUCACACAACCCGAGCACCAAGAAACUAUGAAAGUGACGGCGUGCACUACCAUUUCACAGAUAGGAAUACUAUGGAACAAGAUAUAAAGGAUGGGAAGUUUCUUGAAUUUGCUUCUGUUCAUGGAAACCUAUAUGGAACUAGCAUUGAAGCUGUUGAGGUGGUCACAGAUGAAGGAAAGAGAUGCAUCCUUGACAUUGAUGUCCAAGGGGCAAGGUCUGUGAGGGCUAGUUCUCUUGAAGCCAUUUUCAUCUUUAUCUGUCCACCAUCCUUUCAAGAGCUAGAGAAGCGCCUUCGUGAAAGGGGUACUGAGACAGAGGAGCAGAUUGAGAAGAGGCUGCUGAAUGCCAAGAAAGAGCUCGAGCAAGGACAAUCGACAGGCCUGUUUGACCAUGUCUUGAUAAAUGAUGAUCUGGAUAAUUGCUAUGAGCAAUUAAAGAAACUGUUGAGUCUCGAUGGAAACCCCAAUAUCAAUACCGAACUUGCCCAUAAAUCAGUGAUGGAUUUGGAAAGGAUUCCUGCAAAUUUUUCUGUAAUGAAGGAUGAUCAAAAGAUCUUGAUCACUUGUGUUGAUUUCGAAACAAUUUGUAAUAAGCCAAGCAUGUUUGUGCUGGACAUAUCUUCAAUGAGUGGAGGGGCACCAGGAAGGACAAGAGGGCUAAAUAUGUAUACACUUGAGUCGGUUACAAUCGACGAUAAAUUGAUUCAAAAUUAAAUGAGUAGUAGUAGCAAGUAUAUAGACAUUGUGAUUUUGUUUUUCUGCAUUUUCAAUUUGUAGCCGAAUUGAAAGAACUUUGAGAGAUUUGAAUAAAGAAAACAGCCUCAGUUUUGU